AUGGCGGAUGACGAAGGUCAAGAAGACGAAUUACUUGCUUUGGCAUCGAUUUACGACGAGCGAAUUUUUAUUCAAUCUUCCGAGGAAAAAGGAGGACAACUCAAUAUUUUUCUAGACUUACCAAAGCCUUUCCAACUGAAAAUACAGUCGAGGUAUUUGCCAAAAGAACUAAAGAAGCAGAAGAAUCGAACGAAUGAUCAGGGAGCCUCGAAUGAUGACCAAGACGUUCUUGAGGUGCAAUACCUUCCUCCUAUCGUGCUGAACUUCAGAUUCCCGAAAGACUAUCCUUCCAGGAGCCCUCCAUUAUUUACGUUAUCGUGUAAGUGGCUGACGGUGUUUCAGGUGAGAUAAUAGUCUACUUUUUUUCGCGCUUUCUUGGCAGAAUCUGCAGAUUGGUAACAGAUCAUCUGUUACCAAUCUGACAACAGCUGUCCUUUCGUCAAACGCUUUGGAAAAAUAAACUUUGAACAGCACGCCAGCGUUUUCUCUUGGCUGCUUUAUUGUUUACUCAUCUUCUUACUUUUUUUCAUCGUUCUUUGAGCAAGACUACGAUAUUCUCCAAACCUAGCUGACAGGAAGACAGGGGCCUUUGUCCCCCUCGCCCUUCUUGACAGCCAUGGGACCAUUAAAAUUGUUUUGAAUCAUUGUUUUACCUUUCUAUCUUUGCUCUUGACAGCUGUCAAAACUUUGCAAAUAUCUGGAUGAAAUAUGGUCUGAAAAUGGCAUUGGAGAAGUUGUUAUGUUUCGGUGGCUGCAAUUUCUUCUUGAUGAGACUCUCCCAACACUGAACUUGAAGAGUCCUUUCCCACUGCGAUUUAGAAGAGCUCAUGGAAAAGGCAACGCAAGAAGAAAAGCAGAUCAAAGAGCUUUUCAGGAUGUGGCCUCCUGCUAUAAUUUAGUCAACGUUAUAGUGGAGUAUGACAAAGAAGAGAGUAAAAGGGUCUUCAGCAGUAGCUAUUUUACAUGUAAUGUUUGCUUUGGUGAAAAACCUGGGUCCUUGUGCAUGGAAUUUCAUGACUGCAGUCAUGUCUUUUGUGUAGACUGCAUGGCUGACUAUUUUAAAGUUCAAAUCGAGGAUGGGGCUGUUCAGGCACUAAACUGCCCAUGGGAAAAGUGCGAAUCACAGGCUCUUCCAUCUCAAGUGAAGGAAAUUGUUAGUCCAGAGUUAUUUGCUAAGUAUGACAGGUUUUUGCUACAGCAUAGUCUUGAUGGAAUGUCGGACAUCGUCUACUGUCCUCGCCCAUCAUGUCAGACUGCCGUCAUGCUGGAAAGUGAGUCGUCAAUGGGAAUCUGCACGUCUUGUUCCUUUGCAUUUUGUGCGUUUUGUAAACAUGCUUAUCAUGGUGUGUCACCAUGCCGAAUCAAAAGUGAUGACAUAAAGAAACUUCAUGAUGAGUACACAACUGCUUCUAGUGAGGAAAGAGAGUUUCUUGAAAAGCGUUUUGGAAAGCGACGGCUUCAACAAAUGGUGGAUGAAGUCGUGUCUGAAAAGUGGAUCUUCUCAAAUGCUAAACAAUGCCCAAGUUGUAGUGCAAGUAUUCAAAAGAUAGAUGGUUGCAACAAAAUGACAUGUAUUAAGUGCCGUUCCUAUUUCUGUUGGUUGUGCAUGUCAACACUUUCUCGCAGUAAUCCAUAUCAGCAUUUUAAUUCGUUAAACAGUUCAUGUUUUAACAAACUGUUUGAAGGUAUUGAUGAAGAUGAUGAUGAUGAUGAUGAUGAUGAAUGGUGGAAUGUGUGAUAACAGAGGGGGCUUUUUACGUUGCCUCCAAGGGUUAUUAAAUCAUAUUGCAUGGAGGACUAGAACUCUUGCAGUAUUUUUUACACCAACAUUUGGUCAAAUCAAACAGAACCAUACCAAAAAAUAAUUAUUUUUUAAGCGAUAAAACGACAUGUUGACCAAACAGUAAGUAUCAUUUUCGGAAUGUACAAUUGAUUAAGUCAAUUUGAUUAUUAAAUGCAUGGAUCCUUAGGAGGGAUGGGAGAACAGAAAGGUCUAUUAAUAGACUGCUUUGCACUCAUGUCUUGCCGAUAAGGAGUUUGUUCCAGUGUGCAAACUUACAACAUGUAUAUUCAUGAUAAGUUUCCAAGGUUAUAAGAGUAGACAUUGGAAAAUUGGUAAAGACAUUUUUUAGGAGUAAAAAAAUGACGUGCUAUUCUUACUGGGGAAAACACGCACAAAAGCUUAAAAUGGCAUCAAUGCACUUCCUAACACUCUCAGUGUGGCCCGGGAGAAUACGCGGCAUACCCACAGACCUUGUCCCUCAGAAAGAGCAGCCGGCUUGAUUAUUCAGCCAGUUCUAGUAAGGUUUAGGUCUCAGCACCCUCAAUAGCAGUUCUUGCCCCAUCCUCCUUCCCGCAGCGAUGGGGCAUACCUCGUAUUCUCUCCUGGUCCACCAACGUGCUUGCUUGGGCAGAUUCUCCCAUAUGUUAUGCAUUUAGGAUAAUGGCUUUGAGUGCGGGUGUUCCAGGUGAGAAUAUAAUAUUAUUACUUUUCACACGACAUUACGUCUACCAUAUUGGUGCCCCAAGACAAUGAAACAGCAGUUUUGUAGCUGUCCCAAACCAGUCCUGUUGUGUAGUUGAACUCUUUUCUUGCCUUAGCAUGUGUAACAAACGUUUCCGAUCGAGUAAAUGCACGAAAGUACGUUUUAUAGCAAAAACAGCUACAACAACAACAACAACAAAUGGAAGAAGGGGGAGGGGAGGGAAGAAGAGAAAACGUCUCUCCUCUCCCUCUAUUCCUCUUUUUUGCUCUUGUCCCAACUUUCUAAACAAGCUUGCUGCGCCUUCUGUUUUCCCUAUGUAAACGCACAGAC